GGUAUACAAAAAGUUAAAGCAGCAGGCAUAAUCUUCUUCAAUCCUCUACCUAUAAAUAUGAACUGAACAUCAACCAUAUCCGUUCAUCUCAAAUCUAAAUCACCUCAUUUCACUAUCUUCCUCUCGCAUUAUCUUUCUUUGUAGCACACAAUCCAUUUCUUGCUUUGUUCGUAACUACCUUAUUUAUUGUUCCUUAAUCUUUCUUUGCCUCACACAAAUUAAGGUCUUUUGGGUUGUACAAUGAAGAUGGCAACACUACAGUACUUGUGCUUGGUUUUCUUUCUAAUUAGUAUAUCUACUACGGCUUCUUUCUCAUCAGCAUCACUCAAAGUGGGCUUUUAUAAGACAAGUUGUCCUUCUGCAGAAGCAAUUGUGAGAAAAGCUGUGAACAAAGCUGUGUCAAGGAAUCCUGGCAUAGCUGCUGGCCUAAUCAGAAUGCAUUUCCAUGACUGUUUUGUUAGGGGUUGUGAUGCCUCUGUUUUACUAGAUUCAACUCCUGGAAACCCAGCAGAGAAGGAAAAUAUAGCCAACAAUCCAAGUUUGCGAGGCUUUGAAGUGAUUGAUGAGGCAAAGGCUGAACUAGAAGCUCAAUGCCCCAAAACUGUUUCAUGUGCAGACAUUAUAGCAUUUGCUGCUCGUGACAGUGCCUACAAAGUUGGAGGCAUAAAUUACAAAGUGCUAUCGGGUCGUCGUGAUGGUCGGGUGUCACGUGAAGAUGAGCCUACCCAAAACCUUCCCCCGCCUAUCUUUGAUGCCAAGCAACUAGAGGAAAACUUUGCACGAAAAGGCCUUAGUCUUGAUGAAAUGGUGACACUUUCUGGGGCACAUUCUAUAGGCGUGUCACAUUGUUCUUCUUUCUCAAAGCGGCUAUACACUUUCAAUGCAACACAUCCACAAGACCCUUCAAUGGACCCCAAAUUUGCUAGAGACUUGAAAGCUAUGUGUCCCCCACAAUUAAGUUCUGGAAAUGGUGGUAAUCCUACAGUGCCACUGGAUGUUCUUACACCAAACAAACUUGAUAAUAAGUACUACAAAGAUUUGAUGAAUCACCAUGGCUUGUUGACCUCCGAUCAAAAUCUUUUGAGCAGCCCCACAACGGUGGGGAUUGUGAGGAACCAUGCAAGAAAUGAUGCAGCUUGGGCUAACAAGUUUGCAGCAGCUAUGGUGAAAAUGGGUUCCAUUGAGGUUCUCACAGGAAGGCAGGGUGAGGUCAGGAAGAAUUGCAGGGUUGUCAAUUAGAUUAUUUUGUAAUUAGAUUAUUUUGCGUACUUUGGCGUGCAGGGUGGGGAAAUGUCUGUACUCUAAUGUUCAUUUUUUUCAUUGUUUCAUUGUCGAUUCAAGUGUAAAUUCACUUUGUGAAAGUUUCUAGUUUUUGUAAGAAAAUUCUUUCAAAAAAUAUAUAUAUGAAAGAAUAAACUUGUUGAUUUC